AUGGCUGCGAGCCCUCCCAGGGGUCUGCCUCCAGCCCAAUCGCCACCAUCACCACCUCCUCUAACAGCACCUCGAAGGGAAGAACCCGCAAUUUUGAAUAAUGUGCCAAAAUCACCAGCUCGUGACCCACGUCGUUCUUCUCGUCAGAAUAGUAUUGUACCUCAACCUGCUCCCAGCGCUCCUUCAAAUGCGUCGCCGAAAGCCCCGCCUUCAGGGCCAAGGUCCUAUGGCGACAAGCUGGUUGACAAAUUGACUGGAAUAUCUGCGGAAGUAUCUAAAUCUGAGUUACUGAAAGUCGACCAGGUAAAAGCAAAAAAGAAACUGGAUAACCUCAACCAUCAUCAUGAAAAACUCAAAAACUUGGACCAAUUUCCAGCCGCUAAAGAUCUCGUCUGCCAAUACAGAAAUACCCAAAAAAACGAGUUCGAGAAACUAAAGAAGGAGCUCAUUGCACGCAAGGAGGGACAAAAAAGUUUAGCCAAGCAGGCUGCAGGGUUACUAAACGAUGCUGAGGCAAGAGGAGGAGAGUUUCCAGAGGAAAUGUUGAGAACGAUUGACACCGAGACAAAGUCAUCCAAGCUUCUAAUUGAAAAUCUCAAACAGGAGGUCCUGUUGUUGAGAAAGGAAAAUACGUCACGGACGAAAGAGAAUUUAGCCUUUCAAAAUGAAAUAGCAGCCCAUGAAGACGAGCUGAAAUUUCUAAGAAGAAAUCACAGGGAUGAUAUGUCGCAUUUAAAAAAAUCACAAGAUCGAGGAAUUGAUCAAGUGUCUUCUGAUAUCCGUGAAUUAAGAGAACGGAUUGAAAGGCAGAACAGCCCUCGAGUUCCUUCCAUUGACUCGAAACAAGUAGAGGGGCUCAAAUCGGAUAUAUCUCAGUUGAAAGGUGUGUUGGUGGAAAAUAUAAAUGAAAUACUCGCCAAACGACUGAGUGAACUAGAGAUGUCGCGACAGGAUGCAAUAGAAAUCGAUCAAAAUAUUCUUGAGACAUGGACAAAUCGUGUCAAUAGUAUUGAGACGAGGCUAUCACAGCACCGCAGUUUGAACAUCGAUGAAGAGCCUCUAACAAAUCUAUCAAGACAAAUAGCCAACGUUUCUUCGCGGCUAACAUCACUUGAAAUGAGUCAAGUGCCAGCUUUGCCCCCACAGCCACCCCAACCUACACCAGCUCCCACCGACUCUUCACUUCAUGUAAAAUAUGAACAACUUCAGAAGGUCAUGAAGGAGAUUAUCGAAGUACAAGCAUACAAAGACGAUCAGCAGAUGAAAGCAAUUGAAGACAAUCACGUCAAAAUGGGAGAGCAGAUGCAGGAAACUGCCGUGCAAGUCAGAGCUGAUGUGAAAUCAGAUUUUGAAAAAGCUUUAGAGCAAAUCAAGGACGAAUUCCGCCUGAUCCAGUUGGAAAAGAUGGCGUCGCUACAUGAAUCCUCUGAGAUCCACGAUUCACGACUGCAAACCCUUGAGACGGCAAUCGCUUCGUUGGAAGGCCGCUAUGGCAACAUUCAUCCCGACCUCAUAGUGGAUAGAACGAUGCCUAUCUUGCAGAGUCUAUAUCCUCCACCUCCAGUUUUACAUGGCGUGGUUCAGAGGUUGGAAGGGAUGCAAAUACAUCUUUCCAGAAUCCCAGAUUUUUCAAACUUAUCAAUGGCCAUUGAGAAUCACGAAAAGCAACUCAAUUCCAUGCACUCACAAAUAGCACAAGCGAGUGAGGAUGUGAGCAGCCGAAAUAUCCAGGCCAUUACCGAAAUGCGAAACCAUACACAGCAACUAGAGCAGAAAAUCGACGAUUUCAAGACGAAUUUCCCAGAGAUGCAUGAAUUGCGUGACUCGUUCGCCUCGUUCGUUCACGAUAAUCAGCAGGAGAUUGAUACUACGAAGAAAAAUUGGCAAGAACUGAAUGAUGCGAGACUUCGAGUGACUGGAGAGAUAUCAACUAUUCAAGUUCUCUUGAAUGAUCUACAAAGUCUGUCUCAAGAUCAGAAAGCAGCUGUGGAUCAAUUAAAGGAGGCCCAAGGUCAAUCGCCUAUGCUUAGUGUGAUCACAGAGCAAUUGAAAGAUCUUCAGGCUCAACUCAUGGAUUUAAAUAUCAGGAUUGAAACGGAUAUGGGUGAAAAUAAAGUACAGCUACGUCUCCAAAACCUCGAGAACACUAUAAAAGAUCUGAAGACACCAUUGACUCCUAAGCAGGAGGGAAUAGGAGAUAAGCAAAAAUCCUGGAAUGAUGAGGUUAGCAGGAUUAAUCAAAGUUUUUGGGCUUUCCGUGAAGAAAUGCAGCAAGAGCUUCAAACUCUCAAAGAGCAACUGCGGAAAGAUUCUGAGGCCCAAAACGGGCAGCAAAACUCUCCUACAGAAAUGCGGAAGAUGGCUAGAGAAAUGCACAAAAUGCUCAAGAAGAUUCGUGAACUAGAACAAGCCAAGUUGUCUAUUAAAGACCACAUCAACGAAAGGCUACAAUCCCACCCCAACCCUGAGUCACAGGUAACGGUCAAAUUCGAACCUCAAUCGUCGCAGCCGGACCAACCAGAUGCCCGAGACCUCUUGGGACGUAUCGGUAUUAGGAAGAGGAAACGGCCAGUCUCAUCUGCCAACAGCAGCCCUCGAGACAGCCCUGCAAGUGAAGGAUCUCAAAUUUCCAAAAGCACGAGACAAAAUAAAAAAUCUCGAACAUCAAUGAACGUGUCCUCAUCUGUUGACGUCAUUACGAUUGACGACUAG